AUGAGCAGCGCCUCCGUGGCCGCGCCGCCGACGAGGCUGGCCCCCCCGCGCACUCGACCGUCCGCCGCGCAGCAACAACGAGAUGCGGCAGCGGCCGGCGAGGGACGACGCCUAGAGAGGGUGCCAUCCAUGGAUCCGCUAUCAGACAAGGCGACGCUGGUGCUAAUCCGCCGCGUGCUCUGCCCGCAGAAGCUGAGCGACAAGGGCCGUGACGUCGUCCCGCCCAUCGAGGAGCUGCUGCCCUCCCUGACGAGCCGAAACGACGUCGACCUGCAGCUGUACGCGUUCCUCGCCAUCAUCAUACGCGAGUUCGUACAGGCCUGGUACAACAAGAUCACGCCCUCCGAGGCCUUUGUGGCCGAGGUCCUGCAGGUGAUUGCGCACUGCAGUAGGGCGCUGGAGCAGCGCUUCAGGGCUCUGGACAUGGAGAGUCUGGUCCUGGACGAGAUACCAGAUCUUCUGGACAGACACAUCACAGCGUACAGAACAAGCCAUGACCCUGUGUCGCAAGAGCCCGUGACGGCCAGUCCCCGUCAAGUCUACCAUGCGCUCUGCCCGCUCCCUCAGCUCUCCCCUGUGCCUCAGGCUGGCGAUGAAGCAUCUGUCAAAGAUCAAAAAGAAAACGAGGCUGCUUACCGCCAGCUUCUAGUGCAAGCCGUCCUCGCUAUUCUGUUGCCGACAGAGGACCUGGAGAACCCGUGCUUGACAGCCAUUGUCGGCCAGAUCUUCUCGGAGCUGAUUGUCGGCAACAUUGUCGCGGGCAAAGCAUCGCAACCAUGGCUUCUCUAUGAGAGCAUCUGCAUCGCGGGCAGAGUGCUUGGGGAGAAGAAGACGCGAGCUACGCAAAGGAUGGUGUCUGGCCGGCGCACGCCUCCACUCAAGGCAAAGGGCAAGAAGGAGCGCAUAAAGUGGUCGGCGCAAGCUAUCUUCCUAACCAUGGUCCACUUUGCGGUGAUGAUAUUCUCCUCUGCUCGGCUACUGAUAACGACACUUGCCGCAUCGUCCUCAUUGCCGCCCCGACAACUGGUGGGAAGAUUCUCGGGCGCCGCGAGGAAGACUGGUGGAGGGACCAGCAAGUCGCACGACGGCGAUGACCUUGACAAGCCAACCAAGGUCCCAGUACUUAGCUUCAAACUGUGGCAGUGCGUCGGGAACCUUAUUCAGCUGGAUUCCCGAAUGCCCUGGCUUUCCGGGUUUCUCUCGCUGGUGCAAUAUCAGGCUGUCCAUGGACCAGGAAGGCUGGUUGGCCUGAAUAGCCCACUUGACCGACUCCUCUCCCACCACAUUCAACAAAUGUUCUCCGCGUCGCACCUGCCCGGCGUGUUGCGUAUGCUGCGGGGCGUCCUCUUCCCCAACAACGCGCCCGGCCAGUCGACGCUUAGGCCUCCAUCCUCAGACGACGAGUUCGCGGCGUUGCGCAAGAGGGCCGCCUGUGCCCUGCUGCGUCUGCUGCCGACGGGCGUGGCCAGGGUCUACCUAGGCGGCGGCAGCAGUGGCGGCGGAAGCGCACAAGAGGAGACCGCCACAGGCAUGGAGGAGGGCAUGGAGGACCUUCUCAUGGUGCUCGACGACGAGUACUGCAACAAGCACCUCAUGUAUAGCGUCUUGGAGCUGAUUCUGGUCCGCCUGAUGCCGGAACUCACCGAAAAGGGCGUAGGCGAGUUGUGGGAAGAGAGACUCGGUUGA